AUGCUGGCGCGACAGGCCCCCUCCGCCGCCCGCCGCCGGCCGCAGCCGCCAGCCGCCUUCACGCGCCCCCCGCGGCGCGCGGCGCGUGUGGUGGCUUUCCGCGAGGAGGACGCCAAGAAGAGGGCCGACCAGGCCCGCCAGGGCGGCCCCGCGGGCCCCUCCCCCAAGGAGUCCCCCCUGGACAUCAACGCCCCCCAGCCCGUCGCGCCCGCGGCCGGGCCGGCGACGCACCCCACGGGGCGCAACUACACAGCCAUCGCCCUGGCUCUGGCGGCCGGCGCCGUGGGGGUCGCCAUGUACCCCCAGCAGGUCAUAAAGGCCAUCUUUGGCGGCGGCGUGAGCGCCGCGUCCGGGUCCCUCAACUGGCAGGUGGCGCGCCUGCUGUCUGUAGGCAUGCUUGUAUAG